AAGAGCAGCGGCGUGGGUCAGACAGAGCCAGAGGGACGCUGAGCAACCUUGAGCGCAGUUCAUUUAUUUAUUUAUCUAUUUAUUCUGUUGUGUGGGAGGGUAUAUUUUUUAACAUCUGAGAGAAAGAUGAACGGAGUGACGCGGAGUCUGUGCACGAUUGAAGACAUCAGGAACCAUGACAACGCUGAGAGUUGUAGGCGACUGCGGCUCACGCUCCACGAUCAGAAAGAGGCGAACCGGAGCACAGAGCAGUACAGAGAUAAGCCAAUUGGACGAGCCUUCGCUCUGGUGCAGCCGGCCAGCGACAGGACAGCUUUGCUCCCCGAACCGGUGAAGUCGAAAGAGGAGCAGGUGGAGAUCAUCAAGGUUUAUCUGGAGGCCCGCAGACAAGACCAGCAGAAGCAACAAGAGAACCUGAAGAUGCUGUCAGAUGAGGUUUCACAGAUACAGGAGGUGCGGUACUGUCUGAAGAACCUGAGGGAGCAGAUGGCAGCCAAAAACAAGCCGCACACUAAUGGGUGGAAGGUCGGCAUCCCAUUCAGAAAGAACGGACUGUCUACUCCCAAAAAAGCCGACGGGCAGGAUGCAAACGAAGAAGCAGAGCGGGACAAGCUGAGAGAGGUCAGCAAGCGGCUGUAUGCACAGCUGCAGGAGGCAGAAAAGAAGCACCAGGAGGAGAGAGACAGACUGCAGGCUGAAGGCAGCCGGCUCAAAGAGUGUCUGAGCGACAAGGAGGAGAAGCUGAGGGCCACGGAAGAAGCCAGCGAGAAGAAAGACAAGCGCAUCGAUGAGCUGCAGAGGCUGCUGGGAGGGAUGGAGCUGGAGAGCGCCACCCUGAGGGAGACCAUCCGCAGCCGCGAGGACGAACUGCGCGAGCUGCGGAAGAUCCGAGAGGAAGGACACCAGGGGGAGGAGAGGGCUGAGCAGUUGGAGAAGGAGGUGGCUAUUCUCAAAGAAAAGAUCCACCAUCUGGAUGACAUGCUGAAAAGCCAACAGAGGAAAGUCAGACACAUGAUCGAGCAGCUCCAGAACUCCCGCAUGGUGAUCCAGGAGCGGGACCGCGUGAUCAGAGAGCUCCAGGAGAAAGUGGCGUACUUGGAGGCUGAGAAUCGAGAAAUGCACGACCAGAUGGACUACUUCCUGGGAGGACAGAGGUCAAGCUCCUAUCUCUCAUCAGAGCGCAACCCACAGAUCGUGUACAGCAAACCACUGAAGCCAUCCACGUCCUCUAACAAACCACUCCCCUUCAUCAAAGUCAUUGAGAUCAAGUCAUGAAACAACAGCAGAACCAGAACCAGAUGACUUUUCUUUCCUGGACUGAACUUUGACAGCAGCUCUGCUGAUGACCACAUCGGGAACGAACGAACAUAAGGAGGAUCAGAGCUGAGCCUUCCCAAACCGCAACAGUAGCAGCUCCGUUUCAACUAAACACGCUUUGAAGGAACCAGUGGAGAGAUCAGCAGCACCCACUGUGUAUUUGACUCAUGACUGUGUGGAAGUCGGCUUUAAUGUAGAUACGUUAGAGGCUCAGAUGCGCAUUUUGUGUCUGCAUUUCGUAGCGUGAACGCUGUCCUUUUUCCGCCGCGUUUCAUUUGUGAUCACACAUGUGAACUUUGACUUUAUAACAUAGACUGUGCUGUUUUAUUCCCUUUCAUGACCACGUCACGAGGCUCAAAUAAAGUCAUGUAGCGUCGACGUACCAUUGCUUACCCCGCUGUCCUGACAGAUCGUGUAGAAAGCUUUGAAAACCUUAACUGAACUGUGUCUCUGUUCACUCGUCUUUGACUCUGUUCUCUUUAAAGUGUGAAUAUCUGAUCCUCCAUUGUAAAAAUCAGAUUGAUAUUUGAGUCUUUCGCAUUUUAAUAAGUAUAUUUAUAUAUUUUUUUUGUCCCCUAAAACAGAAGGGCACUUUACAAAACUGUGAGGACACAGAAGGAAAACUGAGGUUGUCUUGCGUCAUUCCUCUUAUUACUUUGUGCAUUUCACUUCCAUGUCGUUGUCUGAAUCCUUACCUUCUUGUUGUUGUACAUAUUUAAAUGAAUGUAAUUUCAACCAACUUUCUGCUUUCUAUUUAUUUAUGCUAAAAUAAAACCUGUUUGAUAGAAGAGCUUUUGUAUGAUGUAUGAAUCCUGAUCUGUUAUCGCUGUGAUUUUGAGAAUAAACGCUUUAAAGAAAUCUU